AUGCGGUUCCACGUUUCUGGAACUAUUUCAGCCUCUGCACAGGCGUCCUGUCUGGAGACGGGCGAAACGGUGGCGAUAAAGAAGGUGUUACAGGACAAGCGUUACAAGAACCGCGAGCUGCAGAUCAUGCGGCUGCUGGAGCACCCGAACGUGGUGGCGCUGCGGCACUGCUUCUUCUCGACGACGGACAAGGACGAGCUGUACCUGAACCUGGUGCUCGAGUUCGUGCCCGAGACCGUCUACCGCAUCACCAAGCACUACACCAAGAUGAACCAGCGCAUGCCGCUGCUCUACGUCAAGCUCUACACCUACCAGAUUUGUCGAGCGCUGGCGUACAUUCACAACGGCAUCGGCGUGUGUCAUCGCGAUAUCAAGCCGCAAAACCUUCUUGUCAAUCCGCACACGCAUGAACUCAAGCUGUGCGAUUUUGGAAGCGCAAAAGUCCUGGUGAAGGGCGAGCCCAACAUCUCGUACAUCUGCUCGCGCUACUACCGCGCGCCAGAGCUCAUCUUUGGGGCCACGGAGUACACCACAGCCAUUGACAUCUGGUCCGCUGGCUGUGUCAUGGCGGAGCUGCUGCUGGGGCAGCCACUAUUCCCAGGCGAGAGCGGGGUGGACCAGCUGGUGGAGAUUAUCAAGGUGCUGGGAACGCCCACACGGGAGGAGAUAAAGUGCAUGAACCCCAACUACACGGAGUUCAAGUUCCCGCAGAUCAAGGCACACCCCUGGCACAAGGUCUUUUCAAAGAGGGUGCCGGCAGAGGCAGUGGACCUGGUGUCGCGGCUGCUGCAGUACUCCCCCAACCUGCGCUGCACUGCGGCGGAGGCGCUGGUGCAUCCCUUCUUUGACGAGAUCAAGGACCCCAACACUCGGCUGCCCAACGGCAAGCCCCUGCCUCCGCUGUUCAACUUCAAGAAGGAGGAGUUCAAGGGAGUGCCGAUCGAGCUGGUGCGUCGGAUUGUGCCCGAGCACACAAGGCGUCAGAAUGGCCACCUUCUCGUCCGAAGCAGCUGCGAUUUCUCUGUGCCCUCGUCUACUGCCCCUGCUGCUGCUGCUGCUGCUGCUGCUGCUGCUGCUGCUGCUGCUGCUGCUGCUGCUGCUGCUGCUGCUGCUGCUGCUGCUGCUGCUGCUGCUGCUGCUGCUGCUGCUGCUGCUGCUGCUGCUGCUGCUGCUGCUGCUGCUGCUGCUGCUGCUGCUGCUGCUGCUGCUGCUGCUGCUGCUGCUGCUGCUGCUGCUGCUGCUGCUGCUGCUGCUGCUGCUGCUGCUGCUGCUGCUGCUGCUGCUGCUGCUGCUGCUGCUGUUGUUGCUGAUGCGGUUGCAACUAUUGCUGGUGGUGCAAGCAAGGCAGGCGGUGGCAUUUAA